CCCUCGCAAUACUUUUGCAUUCCCUAUCUGCAGAUCACUGUAAUGCUUUCUUCUAGUGAGCCCUCUCAUACUAAGUAUUCGUUUACGUUUACUUUCGCUGAUUUCAUAGCCAUGCUUAUCAUUAAGCAGUAUAACUAUAUCCGCUUAUUUAAUGCUAAGUUCAAAGUAAAAUUGUGUGAGCUGAUCCAUGUCGUAGUGUUGCUUGUUAGUGGCAAAUAGAGCAAGAGUAGAAGGAUCGCAAAACUUACUAUGAGGGAAAGCAAAACUUACUGUGAGGGAAUGCAAAACCUACUGUGAGGGAAUGCAAAAGUAUUGCAAGGAAAUGCAAAAGUAUUGUGCCUGAACGCAAAGCUGUUGCGAGGGAACGCAAACGUAGCUAUAGAAGGGUAAUGGUAGCUCAAAAAAAAAAAAAAAACAUUCUCACCAUCAAUGGAAUCCCACCUUGACCCUUCUCCGUGUGUUUCCUGGUAAAGCUGAUAAGCGUAGUCUCUUUUUAAAAGAGGAAGUGGGUUUAUAUAUUAUAGUACUACCGGACUCCUUCCAGUUAGUAUUUUGACCAGACAGCGCAUCGUUGACAACAGUGUUUUACAGGAUGCCGGUGGUGGCGGGCGGUAUGUUCGUGCAUUUGUUCUCUCUCCUCGCUUCGGGCUGCUCCCUGUGGGGUGUGUUACAGCUGACCGGCCUGGCCCUGGUACUGUUACUCUCCGUGAAGAUAGUCGUGGUGUCAAGGAGACGCAACCGACUGAGCUGUUUUGCCCUCCCCCCGAUGCGAAACUGGUUCCUUGGUCACAUGGGCAUCAUGAAGAGUUCCGAAGAGGGCCUUAAGGCUGUGGAUGAGCUUGUGAGGACCUACCGGCACUCCUGCGCCUGGUUCCUGGGCCCUUUCUACAAUCUGGUGCGUGUCUUCCACCCCGACUACAUCAAGCCCCUCCUGCUGGCCUCUGCCUCCAUAACUAUCAAGGAUGAGUUGUUCUACGGACUCAUGAGACCAUGGCUUGGACAAGGCCUACUCCUGAGUAAUGGUGAGCAGUGGUCACGCCACAGACGGCUUCUAACUCCAGCAUUUCACUUUGACAUCCUCAAGAUCUACGUUGUCAUUUUCAACCAGUCUAGCAACAUUAUGCAUGCAAAAUGGCGCCGCCUGGUGGCUGAAGGACAGAACUGCCUGGACAUGUUUGAGCAGCUGAGUCUCAUGACUCUUGACAGCUUGCUAAAGUGCACCUUCAGCUAUGACAGCCAGUGUCAGGAAAAGUCCAGUGAAUACAUCUCUGCCAUCUACGAGCUGGGCAUCCUGGUGCAGAAGAGACAGCGCUACUUGCCACACCACUGGGACUGUCUGUACUGGCGCUCCCCUGAGGGCAAGCGCUUCAGGAGGGCCUGUGAUGUGGUGCACGGCUUCACCGCCAGCAUCGUCCAGCGGCGGCGUGCAGAGCUGGACCAGCAGGGGGCGCCAGAGAUCCAGGCCGAGGAAAAACCAGGCAGGAAGAAAGUCACAGACUUCAUCGAUGUGCUGCUUCUGUCUAAGGAUGAGGAUGGCAAUGGUCUGACAGACGAGGAGAUAAAGGCACAGGCAGACACCUUCAUGUUUGAAGGCCAUGACACCGCUGCCAGUGGGAUCUCCUGGGUGUUGUAUAAUCUGGCCUCUCACCCUGAGUACCAGGAGCGCUGCCGUGACGAGGUCAACGCGCUUCUGCAGGGCAGAGAUGAGGACCAGAUCCUGUGGGAGGACCUGACCAACAUGCCCUUCACCACCAUGUGCAUCAAGGAGAGCCUGCGGCUCCAUCCACCAGUGGCGGCCAUUUCUCGCGCCUACUCGGUAGACAAGACCGUGCCAGGGGAGCGCACCAUACCCAAGGGCAGCAUCUGUCUGGUGAGUAUUUAUGGGACUCAUCACAACCCAACUGUUUGGCCUGAUCCAGAGGUAUACAACCCAAUGCGCUUUGACCCAGAGAAUUCAAAAGGCCGCUCACCUUACGCAUUCGUCCCCUUCUCGGCUGGUCCCAGGAACUGCAUAGGGCAGAAUUUUGCCAUGGCAGAGAUGCGUGUUGCCGUGGCGUUGACCCUGCGCAGGUUCCGACUGACCCUGGGGGCGCCAGAGGUGCGUAGGCUCUACACCCUCAUCAUGAAGGCUGAGGGGGGGCUACGCCUGCAGCUGGAGCCUCUGGAGCCCCCCCAGUCUCCUUCAUCCCCUUCAUCCCCUUCACCUCCGCAGACACCCUGACCACUCUUCAGCCCAGUUAGAUCACUGAGAACCUGCUCACAUUAUUGCCACUUGUAGUUUAGGUUGAAAGUCUUCACUUGUAGUGGAAGUUGAGAGAAGUUGAGAGACCUUUGGCCAACAUACUACAUUUCUGUUCUGUUUUUUCUGAGUUUUCUCUUCCUGAAUUAGUGUCUUCCUUUAAAAUAUUGUGCACAUUGUUCCAUAUGUGUAUGGUCCCUUACAUUCCACAACUCUGUUUGUAGCAUUUGCUCAUAAUACUGAUCAGUGCUUGUAGUAGUGGAAUUUGAUCCUGUCACUUUUAUGCACUUUACUCGCAAAUUCCUCUUUCCUGUAUGUCAUCCAUCAGAUUGAUAAUGCAUUUAGACUGUGAAGUCAGUACAAUGUUAGACUAUAGAAUGUAUUUGAGUAACUUUUGUACUUUUUCAAUAAACUGUCUCAUUUGAAAUGAU